CUUCUGUUACUGUAAUCAUGACUGUAAACAACCUUGGAAUGACCCCUUUAAGGAUGCUAGGAACAUUUAGCUUAAUGUAGCUCAGUGAUAUUAUCAACAAAAUGAUAAAGCUCGUCUUACCCGAUGCUGCUCCAUGUCGUGGCAUCGGUGUAUUACUUAUAUAAUCAAGUUACCGCUAGCACAUAUAUAUUGGUUUCCCUAUCCAGGAUCGUGAACGAAUGCUCUUGGUUCAUGGAGAGUGCCAAUGUUAAUCUUUCCAUUUUACUUCUUGUAAACACUUCCUUUCUUGAUUUCCGUGGCUUCGCGUAUUAGCACGUCCUUUCUCGAAUCUGACCGCCACCUUUCUGCUUAUGGAUGGAAAAAGUGCAUGGCAAUUGUGCAGUCAAUAAAGACAAACUGAAACUUACCUGUGUUUAUCCCUGUUUGGUUUUCCAAAAUAGUUUUUAGAAUGGGGAGCAACACGGGUUCAGCACCUCUUGUUUGCCAAAGGCGUCCCUGGCAAGCACCAGAUAUUCCAUCUCAUAAUCACCCCAAUUCACGGUGAAAAUACGUGACUAGAAUCCAUCUCAUCGGUUCACUGGAGCCUUUAGUACGAUGCGCUUUCGGGUGACGAUUUCACCUGUCUAUUUGAAGUGGUUCUGCUUGCUCGAUUCUUAUCGAAAUGACAACAUCAGUAAACAUGUGAAGCAACUAAAGACGCACCUCCAGCUUUAUUAAUAUGCCUUAAUCCAUGGAUAUUCUGCGUGUGAUAUUUUUUUCUGGAAACACGUCAAGACUCUACAGGCAAAAAUAUUUCCUCGAAUUUAUUACAUUUAAUAUUGCGAUUCAUUUCUUUGGUUUGCGACAUUUAUGAGGCAAAUAUAUAUCCUACGCUUCCCUUUUAGACGCCAAUCCGCUUCUUUUAGCGUCCAUAGAAAGGGUGUACACAAAAAGUGUCAAUAUAUGUAGCUUCAUUGGCUGCAUUUCUUUUUCUUUUCAUUCUCUUCAGGUAGUUAUAUUCUCUGUGAUAGAAAUAGUUAAAUGGAUGCUCUAUGAGGUCUUCACGCGAAUUAUUUCUGACAUGUGUUUACGAAUUGGCACACCGCUCACUGUGAAACGAAUUUCGUUUCUUUUGUGCAAUUUAAUAGAUGAGGAUCUAGUUGAUGCGCUAUGCAGGCGCAUGCUCAAUGAGGGAAUACUGGUCAGGUGUACCGAGGACGCUUUGACGACCCGUACCAUGGCGAAGAUCUCUGUCGUGAAUUCCCUGAUUACCGAGGAGUACCAGCAGUUAGGUAUGACGAUGAUGCAAGUUAACGAGAGAAGUUGGGUCCGCUACAUCCCGCCGACUUCAGAGCACCGUUUCUUCGAGCUGAAACCUUCCAGUAUUAGUGCGGAUGCGGGUCUUGGCCUCUACGUACGGACCACCCGCCGCAUUCCUCAAGGCUGCGUGCUGUGCGAAUACCGUGGUCGAUUGCUCAAGGUGUUGCCCAAGAAUAUUGAGAACGGCACGUAUGUGGUGCGGGUGCGGGAUACCGCUUGCUAUCUCGACGGCGUCACUGAAGAUGGCUCGCAGCAUCUUUCUCUCGCGACCUUCAUCAAUGACAACGGGCCUUUAAAAGCAAACGCCGCCAUGAUGGAGUACAGCGGGCAUCCAGGACGAGUUUUUCUGGUGGCUAACCGAGACAUUCAGCCAGGGGAAGAGAUCUUUGUCGUGUACGGGGCGAAGUACUGGGGAUUCACCUCGUAUGCCGAACUUAGGGAAAAGGCGAAGAAACGUAGCAAACGGAGCCGUGACCUCGUCGAGGAUGACGCAAUAGCUUGGCGCGAUCUGAUCAUGCCUUGCCGUAGAUGCGGGGAUAAUAUCGUCAGACGCUCCUUGCGUCUGCAUAGUGAGUACUGUGGCGAUCCUCUUGUAAAAAAAAAGCUUUUACAUUUAGAUUGCCUGCCUUUUCAUGAUUUCACGGCAGCCGACGUAUCGUGUAAGGUGCUAUAUGAGCGCCGGAAUAAGACACUGCAGCGCGCUAAGUCUUUUGUAAAGCUGUCCGAACCUCAGACAUUUUCGCAUACUCAUGAAGAUGCUGUUGGGGAUUUGGAAUUUACAUUUAAAGAAAGUGUGUGA